AGACUUUUCAUAACUGUCAUGUUAACUCCUGGAAACGAGAAGCGAGAAACGGGCGUUCUGUGUUCGCAAUAAGAAAUUAUACUGUAGUAGAAAUCAGAAACUAUUUGUUUCCUUCCAACAUAGUUACCUGAGGGCAUCAUGAUAUAUCUAUCACCUGUAGUCAUGUGACCCCCUGGUAUGAGGUGAAGCUAUGGGUGCCAUCCCAAAUGACAUCCACCAAGCCAUCGAAAUACUCAAGGUCGAUCCUGACCGGGCACUCUGGUCCCACACAAGACGCAUCAGUCUCACCAAAACCAGUACUGGCAAACUAGGCAUCAAGGUCGACAUUAUCCAGGGGAACAACGAAACAUUUUCAAUAGUGACCAAGGUCAAGCCAGAAUGUUGUCUCGGUAGAGGUGACGUCCUGAAUCUACUUGACCGCAUCCUGUUUAUCAAUCACCUUGACGUGACCUUACUUGCCCCAGCACUGCUGUGGAAACUCCUGUCAGGUCUGUCCACCCCUGUCAUAGAGGUCAUCAUCUGUUCCCUUGUCAGCAUCAGUAGCAAACGGAGCCGGGACCAGGUGUCAAACAGCAGUGGUCGGUCCUGCACAGGUAUGCGAAAGGGUCCUGACAAUAAACGUCGGCCUGUCGAGUCAGAGCCUCUCCUUCAGGGAUUGGAGGGCCAGCAGUCGCCAGAGAGCCGUCCAUUCCUAGACAGCACAGGCCUGGGAUCCGCUAACUGUGACGAAAAUCGGGCUACGUCCUUUCCUGCCGUGGACAGCAGGACCCAAGCCAUGACUGAUAUCAAUGGUCGCACGUGUAGUUCUGUCCCAGCAACCAUGAACCACCCCCUGUUGGUUAGACCUAGUACUAAUACCAGUGACCUGCUGCGGUUCCCACACUUCAUACAUUGGGACCCAGUCACAAAGACAGUGUCACUAACACGCGGGGCUAGAGGCUCAUUUGGCUUCAAGUUCAAGGUCAAAAUGUCAAAGAAUGCUGACGACCUGUAUACCCUUGUGGAGUGUAUAACACCAGACGGCCCUGCUGACGGUAAACUCAUGGUUGGUGACUGGAUCCGCUCAGUCAAUGGUCAGCCCCUCCAGAGCCCUAGGGAGGCCAGCAGUAUACCAGAGCUCUUGGCUAAGGAGACCAUGGUACGGAUUGUUUUACAGCGUCCCGAGGGUCUGUCUCAGAACAUCUUCCCCACAACCCCAUCCUUGCCAGACCCAGAUGUAAACUAUCCGUCUGUCCCUGGCCUUCCUCUGGCUUCAGAACCACCCAAGAUGCCUACAUACCAAAGGUUACCAGCCCACAACCCAGGAAAGGCGCGGCCAGCCUCAUGUGACCCUGUACAGCGGGGUGGCAAGAGCUAUCGUGUAAACCCGCUGCCUGACAGCAGCGACCCACAGGAUCCACAGGACAUCAAUGUCGACCUGUUUGAAUUGAACAGGACAGUAAACCUGCCUAAAGUGCGUGUGUUUCUAUGUGGCAGUGAAGCGAGGGCCCUUGCACGCCUGUUAAUGCCCGGCAUGUUAUCUUCUCCGUCAGACAAUAACAACAGCUUGUAUCAGUGUGUCAAGUGCACCAUGGGAAUGGACAGAGAAGGUGCAAUCAGUUUUACAUCCUGGUCCUCGUUUGAUUAUCUCCUUAACGACGAGUCGUCGUCCAGAUUACACGCUAGUAAUGAGUCUUUAACAAAAAGUGACAUAUUCAGAGACCGUGAUGAUGCAAGUUCCUUUAUACACAAAGGUUCUAUCAAUGUAGAAUUCUUCAUAAUGCCAGACGAUAAAUUUACGCCCGAGGACAAAUUUUUCCAUCACUGUUGCCAGUAUUUAUUCACAAGGACUAGUAUAUUUGUAUUGACAUUCGAUGGCGCAAAAGUGGUGACGUCCACCCAUACAGAGAUUCAGCGCCUGCAGAAUGUGAUUCAUACAAUUCGGUGUUUUGACGGAUAUGAAUGCCCAAUUUUGACAUAUGGAUUGUUGUACAAUGAUGCCACUGUGGGCGUCGAUGAAGUACGCACACUUUUCUAUCUGCCGUUCGGCCAGCAGAUACAGAAAUAUAACGUGCCCAUGCCAGAACUGUUCUGCCCUGGAGUGGAUGGUGUAGAGGCUCAAGAUGUGAGUCGUCAGCUCCAGCGGGGAAUUUGGAAGGUUCUUGGUGAAAUGACACUGAAACAGAAGAUAUCACUGCCCUCUGUGGCAAUGAUGCUUCAGCUUGAAGCCGUAAGGCGGGGCGAACAGAAGCUGUUUAUUGAUGAGGUAGAGUUCUCCAGCAUGUUUCAGGACGAGGUACCAGGAGGUGGUCAGGACCUUCAGCAAAUUGUCUGGACCGACCUUAAAAAUGUUGGCGAGAUCCUGUCAUCAAAAGCAGCUCCACUGACUUUGUCCCAUGUACUACACCUUGACAAGUUUCUGUUCAUCGAUCCAAAAGUUCUUCUGGAUUGUGUGCAGAAUGUCAACGUGUUCCUUCAGCAGCUGAUGGGAGUGCAGUCCCUAGAAGGGGCCCGGCAAAAAGGAGUCCGGGGCCUCAGCACGGGGGUCAUCACCGAGGAAGACCUCACCGAUAUCAUUUCCCAACAGUGUCAUAACAACUCUGUGGAAAAGAUCAUCCAUCUGCUGGAAAUAUUUGGGCUUAUUUUCCGUCAGAAAUCUUCCGGGACAGAUUCGGGAGGUAUGAAUUACUUAGUCCCGUAUGUGAUCACAGACCAGAGCACCCUGGCGCCCCCUACAGCAGAACCAACGGAACUGUGCCUGUAUGUGGACUUCCGCAUGCACACAUCAAGCCUGGUGUUUUACCAGUUAGCCUUUGCGAUCAACAACAGCAGCGAUUGUCACAAUCUUGCCAUGAUUGGCCCCGCCUCGUGUUGUCUCUCACACCUCGGCUACGACCUCACCCUUCAUCAUCAUAAGCUCCGGGAUCGGAUACAGAUCAACCUUGCCAGGUCAGAAGCUGCCUGCAACCCUUAUGUGUUGUACCAGUGGUUACACAAAGUGUGUAAGGCUACGUUGGGCUUGGACGUCAAGUACGUGUUAGGACCGUCAUGUCCGCUGCAGGAGAAGUGCGUGUUUAACAACCAACACCGCUUGGACAUGCACGUGCUUGACCUCAGCAAACGACAGAUAUGCUGCAGCAGCGAGAAGCUUGACAAUCAUCGCAAGGUCAAAAUAUGGCUCCCGAAUAUGAUGGGAAAGUAUAUGAACGAGUUGCCUCAUACCAUUCUGAGGAGGAUCAGCCAGAAACUACAUCUAGAUACUACCUUUGGUAACGACUGGAAGCUCCUUGGAGGAUUACUGGGCUUGACCGGAGAGACGAUCGCGCUGUAUGACACACACAAGGAGCCCGCCUACCAGCUUCUGAUGGACCAAGGCCGAAGUCACCGCCUAACUUUGGCCCUACUUCUGGAGCUCCUUCAGCACACUGACAUGGAACGCCGUGACAUCACCAGCUUGAUAGAGGACUGGCUAGAUAGUAACCCUCAAACACUCUGAGACUUUAUUUCUGUUACCCCAGUGAAGGAAUUCUGAUAAUGUGCUACUGUAAUUUUGAAAACCUACAGGAGUUCUGAUUUACUUGGACUGGAAUUUUUAUAACCUGACUGAAAUUUGAUACACCUCAACUAGAAUUCUCAGAGCAUAACACAAAUUCUGUUACAGGUAUCUCAAUUUUGAUCAACUGAAUCAGGAAUAGAGAACUGGUACCUAACAUAUAACGGAAUUCUAACAUCCUAGGACUGUACUUUUAGACCAAUGUAGAUGCUGAAAUCUUGGUCCACAAGUGUUGGAAUUAUGAAAGCCAUAAAUUUUAGCCAUCAUAGCUAUUAUAAAUACACCUUAAACUAUUUCAUGCUCACUUUAUCAAAGAAUAUGAGACUUUAGUUGACACCUUGACAUCAAUCUUGGUGUUUGCAUAUCAGUGUUUGUUAAGAUUUUGGUGCAAGUGUUCAUUGAAAUUCACUAAAAUAAUGUGCAGUAUUUGAACUACCUGGGCCGGGUUCUGAUAUUUGGCAUAGAGGUUCCUUAGGGGGCCAACAUUAAUGCAGUUUAUUGACAAUAGAGACAGAAAUUGUUUUAUUUUUUACCUGCUUUGGACUUUAUCUACCUAAAUCGACAUGUUACAACUUUGGUGCAAGUGUUGAUAUGCAUUCAUUAUUUCCAAGAGGUCAAGGAAAGUGAUAUUUGGCAUGGAGGUUUCUGGGGGGGGGGGUCAACUUUCUUGCAUAUUCUUGAGUAGGUGAGUUGGGUUUUAGUGUUCACUGUAUACAGGAUACAAGAUUAUUUUGAAAAAUUAGAAUACAUACAUAUAUAUAUAUCAUUUGCACUGUGUAACACAAUCCAAAGUCAUAUUGACUUUAACAAAUCACAUGAUGAGAAUUUUAAUUUAUCUUGACUACAAUUCCCAAAGCAGUUUAAUCCUGUGCUCGUUCAUCCCUGGAAUGUGUCAAAGCAAAAUUGAAGACACACAGCUAGAUAUUUGAUUGGUCUCAGGUAUAAAUAGUCUUACCAAUCACUAGUCCUUUGAACAUUACAGAGAAGCAACACCUGGCAUCAAAGUCACUCAAUUUUACUGUUACAGGACCCCAAGAUUCUUUUGAUGUACAUCAAAGGAUCAAACUAGUCUUCUUGUCUCAACCACAAGGUGGCGCACACUGAGUUUUCAUUUUUGCUAUGACAUGUUCCAGGGGUGCAGAGAGGGAAAGUGAGCAAAAAAAGGAGGAUUAUUGAGGAUACCAAGAGUUUUAAUCCUGUGAUUAGAUUAUUGAUAAAGCCUAUCUUAUUAAAACAGGUCAAAGGUCAAUAUAAUAGGUCAGUCUAUAGAUUUAUGUGAUACAGCUCAUACAUGUAAGGACACUUCUCAUACAUGACUGAAAAGAGGCAAAUAUCAAAAGGACAACCAAUACAUGUACUUUAAUGAUUAAAAGGCAAAUGUUAUCAGGAAAAACUGAUACAUGGCUGAAAAGAGGCAAAUAUCAAAAGGACAACCAAUACAUGUACUUUAAUGAUUAACAGGCAAAUUUUAUCAGGAAAAACUGAUACAUGAUUGAAAAGAGGCAAAUAUCAAAAGGACAACCAAUACAUGUACUUUAAUGAUUAAAAGGCAAACGUUAUCAGGAAAAACUGAUAAAUGACUGAAAAGAGACAAAUAUUAUACAUAUGUAUAUAUUUUUUUCAACAAAAUAGUGUGAGAUUUUUGUAAGUAUUAAGUGCUGACAUUACAUAUAUAUUUUUUGUGGUGCAUUCUAAUAUGAAAAGCAUUACGUUUGUAUUUGUUAAUAUUUGUUAUUAGUAUUGUAUAAUGGUAUACAUACACAUUCCCUUCGCGUAGUAUUUACACAGAAACAUUUAGUGACACUGUGAUAUAUACCCUCCGUGUUUUACUUACUCUUUUGUUCUGUGUUUUAGAAAUGAAAUAGAGAUUUAAAUAGUUUCCCAGUGUAUAUAUCCAUACUAUAUAUAUAUAUAGUCCAGUGUAUAUAUCCAUACUAUAUAUAUAUAUAGUCCAGUGUAUAU